AUUGUUAUCGCUGUAAUGGGAAUGACUGGAGUUGGUAAAAGCACAUUUAUCAAAACAGUGACACAAAGAACCGACAUCGUGAUUGGCCAUACAUUGAACAGCCAAACUAGCGAAGUGCAGGAAUACGAAUUCUGGGACGCAGGCGUCAAGUACGUUCUCGUCGACACUCCAGGCUUCGACGACACGCACCAAUCCGAUCAAGUCAUCACAACCAAGAUUCUACAAUGGCUCGCAUCUUCAUACAGGAAACGCGCUCUGCUAAAUGGAGUCGUGUACCUCCACCGGCUAUCUGACCCGCGUAUGGGUGGCAAAGCGCUCUCAAAUUUAUUCAUGUUCAGACGACUAUGCGGCCCUCAAGCUUUGAAAAGCGUUAUACUAGCCACGACCUUUUGGGAAUCCCUCUCUCCGUCCGAGCUGGGAAGCCGGGAAGAAGAACUAGUUGACCCCAAAAAGGACUUCUGGUCUAAAAUGGUGGCUAAAGGGUCUCAGGUGAAGAGGCUAGGUCUGGAUAGAGAAUCUGGUCUGGGAAUGAUUAGAGAGAUUGCGAAAAACCACAAAGUCACUUUCCAAGUGCAAGAUGAUAUCGUCAACCAUGGCGUGGAUAUCCAAGACGCAGCGCGCGAAGCGAUGAGUGCCUCUCAAAAGGGCUUCGACGAAGCUGCAGAACGUCUAUUGGAAGACAUCAGGCAGGCUGGGAAGGCCAAUAAACCUCCGCGAUGGGAGCGCCCUCGACUUGAUUCUCUGGCGAUGGAGAUGUUGGAGGAGGAGAAGCGAUGGGAUGAGCAAAUACAGGAACAACGAAAGGCAGAACUGGAUGAUCUAGCGAAAGUAGUGGAACAGCAAAGGGAAAGCAUUAGGCGUCGCAGAGAGCAAAAUUCUAAAGGCUAUGGCAUAAGGGAGAAUAUCGAAAGAAGCAAUCAUAAAGUCCAGAAAAAUGGAGAUUGUAAGGAACAUAAGGUACCGAAGGGAACAAGACCGAGGUGUUCGAGUUGUAGGAUUAAGAUCGGUCGCAAGGGAUUUUAUCAUUGUUGUCUGUGUGAACAGCGAUGUUUCUUACAAUGCGUUGAGUGUGGAAGCCAAUGUCCAAACACAAGUCAUCCGGAAAUGCGUUUGGUUAAAUCUACCUUUUUCUGGUUUAUAUAGCACUUAUGGAUGUAUGUAUGUCAAAAGCGCACAACUCAUCAAUCAC